CAGUGCUCGCACUUCCCAGUUAAUCAACGCUUUCGCGGCGCUGCUGCAGUUGCGUAGUCACUUUUUUUAUAUAUAUAUAUAUAUUUUGCCCCGAUCGAUCGAACAAUAGUGCGCAAAAUUACACGCACCCAAGAUCAAAAUCAAAAUCAAAAUCAAAAUCAUGGAGAUAAGCGAUCCCCUCACCUUCCUCUCCCUCCUCCUCGUCGUCGUUGCGCUCUUCUCCUCCCUCUACAUCAUACCCUCUCGCCGCAGCGAUGGCAGGCGCCGCCGCCUCCCCCCGUCGCCGCCGUCGCUGCCCGUCAUCGGCCACCUCCACCUGCUCUCGGCCAUGCCGCACCACUCGCUCGCGGCGCUCUCCGCGCGCCUCGGCGCCCCCUUACUCUACCUCCGCCUCGGCCGCGUCCCCGCCGCCGUCGUCUCCUCGCCGGCCCUCGCCCGAGCCGCGCUCACCGCCGCCGACGCCGCGCUCGCCUCCCGCCCCGACCUCCUCUCCGCCCGCGUCCUCUCCUUCGGCCGCUCCGACGUCACCUUCGCCCCCGCCGGCCCCUACCACCGCCAGGCCCGCCGCAUCGUCGUCUCCGAGCUCCUCUCCCCCCGGGGAGCCCCGAUCGACAUGAGCGCCAGAUUGUUCGGGCUGGCGAACGACGUGCUGUGCCGCGUGGCCUUCGGGCGGCGCUUCGGCGGGGGAGGGGGAGGGGGAGGGGAGCGGCUGGUGGAGGUGCUGACAGAGGCGCAGGCGCUGUUCGCGGGGUUCACGGUGGGGGACUUCUUCCCGGAGAUUGAGUGGGCGAUCAGCACGGCAACGGGGCUAAGGCGGCGGAUGAACCGCUGCCUCGCCGGCCUGCGGGCCGUCUGCGACGAGAUCAUCGCCGACCACAAAGGAGAAGGAGGAGGAGCAGCGAGGGACGGAUAUUCGCAAGAGGAUUUUGUGGACGUGCUACUGCGGGUGCAGCGCUCGCCGGAAUUGGAGGUGCCCAUCACCGACGACAACCUCAAGGCCCUCGUCCUGGAUAUGUUUGUUGCUGGAACAGACACUUCCUUCGCAACUCUCGAGUGGGUCAUGACGGAGCUUGCUAAGCACCCAAACACAAUGAGAAAGGCUCAAGAAGAGGUUAGGAGGAUUGUAGGUAACAAAGGGAGGGUAGAGGAGGGUGAUCUCCAACAACUUAACUACAUGCGCGCCGUCGUAAAGGAGACCUUCCGACUGCACCCUCCGGUCCCUCUCCUCGUCCCUCGAGAAUCCGUCGAGAAAUGCACCCUCGGCGGCUACGACAUUCCCGCCAAAACAAGAGUAUUCAUUAACACUUACGCGAUAGGGCGCGACCCUCAGGUAUGGGAGAAUCCUUUGGAUUUUAGCCCCGAGCGGUUCAGAAACACCGAUAUCGACUUGAAGGGGCAAGAUUUCGAGUUGCUGCCCUUCGGAGGAGGGAGGAGAGGGUGCCCUGGCUAUUCGUUUGCUUUGGCGACGAUAGAGAAUGCGCUAUCCAGUCUUCUGUAUCAUUUUGAUUGGGAGUUACCGCCGGGGGUCGGUGCGGAUGAUGUCGACAUGACUGAGAUUUUCGGACUCGCGACCAGGAAGAAGGAGCCUUUGAUUCUCAUCGCAAAAACCCAUGAAGGCUAUGAAUUCAAAGAAACAAAUUGAAUGUUGGUUGAGAGAGCAAGAUGCAGGUGAAUAACAAGUAAAAUAAUACCUGCCAACAGAGCAGUAAGGGCCCGAACAGGGUAGACUCUGGAGAAGCAACAUUUAGAAGUAAAAAGGCAUGUAUAGUUAAUAGUUUCUGUUUCGAUAACCACAGAGAAUCAUGAACUCGAGAGUAAUUAGGAGCUUAUGUUAUUAGUUCCCUCAA